AUGCGGUGCGCGAGCAAGGCCGCCGAGAGCGCGUCCGCACGUCUCUGUGCGGACGCCGAAGCAGAAACCACAGCAACUGAUGUCUCAUCGGUUGCUGAAGCGACCCAGCCUGUGUCACUUGGUGAUGCAGGCGCUGGUCAUGAAGACACUCGUGUCUUCACAGAGUACGAGCUCGGUGUCUCAUACUCUCCCGAUACGGAAGACGGAUCCGUAUCGACGGCGAAUGAAUCCAAGCCGCCUGCCAAGCGUGGCAUGGAUGAUGCUAUGCGUCGUAGCAUCUUUGGUUAA